AUGGCCUCCAAUAAAAGAGAAACUGAAUUAUUUGAAGCUCAAAUUAAAGGGUGUUUUUGUAAGGGCGAGCAUAAAACGGAAGCCCAAUGCAAUGGAGACUGUGUCAAUUCGUCAUUUAUAGUCACAGUUUUAAAAUACAAGUAUUGUUUAUGGAUAAAAAUGGAUGGAGAAAAGGAGAGAACAAGAGCAUUGUAUGCGCCCCCCCUCCUAUUUCUUUUUCAUUCCAUUCCAACUAUUUAUCUUCAUCUAAUCAGAGCACAAUCAACCUUCACUGAUACAGCUAGAUUGGGCGAUUCAUUAUGCUAUUCUAGCCACAGAGUCUUUCUAUCUUGUGCUCAUAAGUCGAUAGACAUACGUCAACGAUUAACUGAUCAAGCCAAGGCUAUCGAAUUUCGAGCUGAUAGUGAAAUUGCUGUAUUAGGUGAUAUACAAGAGUACUUUAAGAGAAAGAAUGAAAUUGAAAUCGAAUAUUCGCGGAUGUUAGAGAAAUUAGCAGAUAAAUUUAAGAGUAAAAUCGCCAAGAAAGAUGCAGCUUGCGUCUACGAUGUAUUCAAUAAACAACUUAGUGUCGAUAAAUCGAGGUGUAAACUUCGUACGUCACAUUAUAAAAAACUGAAUGCUCUCUAUGUUGGUCAAAUUGGCCUACUUGGAAAGGAAAUACAUUACAUUAGCAAAAAAUGUCGAGAAAUUCAAAAUCUAUCACAUGAAGAGUUUAUGCGUGUGCUCCAAGGAUUAUUAGGGUCUAUGAAAAAUUAUCACAUCUGUCAAGCUCAAAGCGAAAAUGUUCAGCGUAAACUCUUUAAAAAGCAAAAUAAAUCUACUCUAAAUCCUGGAAUUAUGAGAAGGCAAAGUCGUAAAAAAAGUGACCGUAUCAUACAUAAGACUAUGCAAAAAUGUUCUGCUGCAAAGUUAAAGAGUAUCAAUGCUAGAAAUGACUACAUCCUGAAUUUAUCCGCCGCUAAUGCUCUCUUUAGGGCUUACUUUGAAACUGGAAUUCCCGAACUGCUUUCAAGCUUAGAUUUAGGCUAUCAAAAAGAAGUUAGCCAGAUUUUUGCCUCGUGUAAUAAUAUGGAGAAAAAAAUGCAUAAUUGCAACUUUAAAUUAAUUGAGUCUUACUCGGAAGAUAUCGAUCAAUUUAGAAAAGAAGAUGUAGGGAAAAAAUUUCUCAAUGAUAAUCAUCAAAUUUUUGAAACAUUUGAAGAUCUAGAGUUUAUCCCUCAAGGUGAUGACGAGGUGAAAGAAAUUGAAUGCAAUGGUGCCGAAGUAUUUAAUGAAUUGGAUUCUCGAUAUCUAGAAUCUGAUAGAAAUAGACGGGGAUUAAAAGAUAUAGUUGAUGAAGCAAAAAAUUCCUUACGGCAACAUUUAGAAUCAUUAACUAGUUACGGCUUGUUAUCUAGUGAAGAUAAAGAUGAUGUUACUGACAGCUCUACACUGGAAGCUUCUUCUGUAGAUUUAAAUAUCAAUCCAACUAUUAUUCAAUGUUUUCAAAAUCGUCAACAAUCACAGUCUGCAUAUUUGAAGAAAAAUCACCUUUACGAUUAUCAAUUAACCACUAUAAAACCUAAAUAUUUACGUUUUAGUGCUUCUGACCAAAGUUUACCUAAAACUUUUGGAGGAGAAGUUAUCGAAUACCUCGAGGCGACAGGACGAGCAAUUCCAUUAGUGGUGGAAAGCUGCAUUAAAUACAUUACUGUUCAUGGACUAGAUUUACAAGGGAUUUUUCGAUUAUCUGGGUCAUCAGUUGAUAUUAAUUCGUUAAAAGAGCAGUUCGAAAAAGGCGAAGAUCCUUUAAAAGAUGUGAGAGAUGCGAAAUAUGUACAUGCUGCUGCAGGCGUUUUAAGAUGUUAUUUUAGAGAAUUACCAACACCCCUUUUUCCAUCUUCGCUAUUGGAAGAUCUUAUAGACUGUUUAAAACAAGAAUCAUCUGAAAAGAGAAUUGUAGAAAUUCGAUCUGUAAUAUCAGAUCUUCCACAUAUCGUGGUAGUAGUUAUGCGCUUGCUUUUUAACUUUCUUCGUCUGGUUAGCGAGCACGAAGAACAAAACAAGAUGACUGCGGCAAAUUUAUCCCUUGUUUUUGGACCUACAUUGAUGCGACUUACUGAAGAAAAAUUGAUUACUUACCAAAUGCAAGUGAAUAAUAUUAUGGAGAUUAUUAUUGAAAAUAGUGAAGCCAUAUUUCCUCAAGAAGAUGUCAGAGUGAAGACGAAAUUGGUAGAUCUAGCGAGUAUUCAACAUUUCAUAAAUAGAGCUAAUGACGAAAGAAUGACUUUCUUUGAUGAAAACGAAGAAUAUGCGGAAACUUUUCAAGAUGAGCAGGUAACGCACGACAGAAGCUCACUAACUAUACCUAACUCUCGGCGAAAGAGAUCCAAGAUUUUAUCUGAAUUAGAUUUCGGAGAAAUAAGACAUAGGCGAGCUAGUACAAAAUCAGAUGAUGGUGCCUCAUUUACAGUUGGUUCAGAUAUGCAAGGAUCAUCUCCAGUAUCAGUUGAUAGCAGCAGUGCGAUAAGUCAAAUCAGCGAUUCUUUUGUUACAUCGAUCAUCGCAGUUGCAAAACGUGAUCAUGAACGCGAAGGCGAUAAUGAAUUAUCUUUUAAGAAAGGCGAUGUCAUACAUAUUAUAUCGCGCUCUAACAAUGGCAGUUCGAUUGGAGUUUAUAGCGGAAAGCAAGGAGCAGUUAAAGAUGAAGACAUUGAAUUUGCGGAUGAAAAUUAUUCUAGUAGCCCGGUUGGUUCCCUUGAUCUGCCUAAUUCUAGUUCUGUUAUAAACAAGAUUGAAAAUAGCAAGGCUAACCAUUUUAAUAGUGUAAAGUUGCAACGUAGUCCAGUCCUAGGUGGACAAUCAGCCCAUCCAUUAGAAAGUAGUGAAGAGGUGCAAUCGAAUGAAGAAAGAGUAAAUGGAGCCAACAGUAAUGAAAAUGAAUCUACGGUAAAAGAUGAUGGAAAUGUUAGGUCGAUAAAGAAUGAAGAUGGUAGUUCCGAUGCUGAUAAGCAACCGAGGCGAAAGAAAAAAAGUUUCUUCUCCAGUAGCCCGUUGUUUAAAAGACAGUCUUCACGGACUACAUUAAUUAAAGAAACAGCAGCAGCUCCUAAUCCCGAUCCGGUUGAUGCUGCUCAUGAAACGUCCAAUAAUGUACCAACCACACCGCAAAGUCAUUUCUAA